GGCGGCAAAAGCUACCGGGGUCGGGUAGGAUGGAAGGUGUUAAAACGCGAGGAGGAGGAGCAGCAGGAGCUGGAGCCGGCCUCGGCGAACCCAGCGGCUGCGGGUGCAAGGGGAUCCGCUCUUGCCUGCUCUGCGAGGUCGCCCCGCCCCCGCAGAAAAGUGCAAAUUUUGUUUACUGCCCAUUGACCGGCUUUGCUGUGGGAGAGAAACAAUCAGAAUUUGAAGGAUGGGCUUUCGAGUUUCCAGGAGUUUUUUUGCUGGAAGACUUUAUAAACACAGAUGAGGAAUAUCAAAUGGUUGAGCUAAUGGAUCAAAGCAUAUGGAAGCCAUCACAAUCUGGCCGAAGAAAACAGGAUUAUGGCCCCAAAGUGAACUUUAAGAAGCAAAAAAUGAAAGCUGGUAAUUUUUCUGGCUUGCCCAGCUUCAGCAAGGAGAUCGUGGCACGAAUGCGAAAAUAUCCAAUUCUUGAAAGUUUUUCUCCUGUUGAGCAGUGCAAUUUAGAUUAUGACCCUGAGAGAGGAUCUGCUAUUGACCCACAUUGGGAUGACUGGUGGCUAUGGGGGGAACGGCUGGUGAGCUUAAACUUGCUCUCAGAUACUGUACUUUCCAUGUCCUGCGACUCAGAGGACAGUCUCCACUUAUUUCCUCUAGUUCUUCAAGAAAACAAGCAGAUGCACAGGUAUAAAUCUCCUGAUAUUUCUCAAGAGUAUCAUCAGAUGGAUGAUUGUAGUCUUCUAGAAAGACUAGAAAGCACUGAAUAUUCAUCCACGAAGUUAGUUCGACUCAGAGAAAUCCUUGUUGCUAUUUACUUACCUCAGAGAUCACUAGUCGUUCUCAGUGGACCUGCUCGCUACCAGUGGAAGCAUGCCAUUUAUCGCAACCAUAUUAAAAGUCGUCGUGUAUGUAUCACCUUCAGAGAAUUGACUGCUGAGUUUAGUCUCGGAGGAGAACAGGCAGAACUGGGUAAAAAUCUCUUGGACAUUGCUCUAACAUUCAAGGGAUCACCUGUAUAAACCCCAAGGGAAAAGCGUUGUGACUUUUCUUUGGUUGCUGGAUAUCAAUGUUCAGGGCUUAUAAGCCUCCUUCCUUUUUUUCCUCCCCUGAGCAAAGUUAUACAGCAUUCAUUAUUCUGACAAGGGUGGUUCUCAGUGUUAUGUUCUAGAAUGUCUUACCUCUCCACUAUAAUUAAGAUAAUUUGAAUUAUUUUUUUUAAUCUACACUGUGGCUCUUCAGAUGUCACUGAAUUUGAUUAUGUUAACAGUGAAGAGAAUAAAUGCAUCUUCCUCGGAAACAGUUUUCCUUUGAAAGUCUGUUUGCAGCACAUGGUCUGUAGCCUAUGUGACACUGUUGGGCUACAGCACCCAACAAUCCUCAUCCUUAGCUGACUAGCUGGGGCUGUUGAGAGUUUUAAUUCACCAUCUGGAGGGCCAUAGGUUAUAUGUUAAAACAUAUUAAUUAAAAGUGUUAAAUUUCUUGUCUAUCCCUAACUCUGUUAAAAUCAUUAGUUUUAAGGCUGGGGAUACUUUCAUUUCUCUUUUUAUUUUAUUUAACUCUAACUAAAACUGUAAGAGAAAUAAAUUAAAAAACAGAGUUUAUUAACCCUUCUGACAAUUAUUGGCAUUUCUCCAAAGACUUCAUCCUUGAUAUAAACCAAUAAAAUAGAUAAAAUAUCAAUUAAUCAUAAGAUGAUCAGUAUCUAAGCUGAUUUUUAAAGACUAAUGAAUUUCCAAAGCAUAAAUACCAGGGCAUUCAUUUUUUAACUUUAUCUUCCAAUCCCUGCUUCACAGAUGCCCUUGUAUAGGUUUCUUUAAGAUUAACCAAAUUAAAAAAAGAAAAAAUUUAAAAACCACAAUUAGAAAAUGGAGAAAAAUGCUGAAAAAAGAAAUAAAUAUAGAUAUUUUUUUAAUGUGCCUUCAAGUCGUUGACUCCUGCUGACUGACUGCCGCAGUUUUCUUGGCAAGAUUUUUAAAAUAGUUAUCCACUGCCUUCUUCUUAGGGCUGAGAGUGACUGGCCCAGGUUUAUCCAGCUGGUUUUGUACCAGGCAGGACAAGAACUCACAGUUUCCUGGUUUCUACUUUGGUGCCUUAACCACUACUGCAGUGAUCCCAACCCCCAAGCUGGGGCCCACUACCGGGCCUUAGCCUGUUCAGAAUUGGGCUGUGCCAGUUCUUUCCACCAAGCUGGAAAGAUUGGAGACUGCUGACACUACAGUAAACUGGCUCACAACAAUCCUCAUCCUUAUCUAACUGGUUUUAUACACAUAUGAAUAAAUUUAUGCCACAAUUCAUUAUUGUCUUCCAUAACUGAUCAUAAUUAUAAGUUCAUUUUCUUUGUCCAGAAGUCAAAAAUAAAGCAAUUUCAUUGCAUUCCUGUGGUGGCACAGUGGUUAGAAUGCAGUAUUGCAGGCUAAUUCUGCUGACUGCCAGGGGUUCAAUCCUCACCGGCUCAAGGUUGACUCAGCCUUCCAUCUUUCCAAGGUCGGUAAAAUGAGGACCCAGAUUGUUUUAGGAUGUAAUUUAAAAAUCUGCUGAAGUUUUUUAAACCCUUUUUUAAUUAGUUAAACAUGCAAGCAAAACAAAGGAAAGAUACAUACAUAUAACUUUUGACCACAAUUGACCCCAAAAUUUUUGUUGCUAAGGCAAUUGUUAAGUGAAUUUGCCCCAUUCUAUGACCUUCCUUGCCACAGUUGGUAAGUGAAUCACUGCAGUUGUUGAGUUAGUAACCUGGUUAUUAAAUAAAUCUGGCUUCCCCAUUGACCUUGCUUGUCAAAACGUUGCAAAAGGUGAUUGCAUGAUCCCAAGACAUAGCAACAUGCCAGUUGCCAAGUGUCCAAAAUUUUGAGCAAGUGACUUAUGAAGAUAUUGCAACAGUCAUAGGUGUGAAAAAUGGUCAUAACUCACUUUUUUCAGUAUUGUUGUAACUUUGAACCGUCACUAAACAAAUGGUCAUUGAGAACUACUUUUAUACAUGUUAAAUUUGUAAUUAUAUAUGCAGGUAAUCCUCAACUUAUGACCACAAUUGAGCCGAAAAUUUCUGUUGUUAAGUGAGGCAAUUGUUAAGUGAGUUUUGCUCCAUUUUAUGACUUUUCUUGCCACAGUUGUUCUGUGAA